AUGGAGAGUGCAAUCACACUGUGGCAGUUCCUUUUGCAGUUGCUGCUAGACCAGAAACAUGAGCACCUGAUUUGCUGGACGUCUAAUGAUGGAGAAUUCAAGCUACUCAAGGCAGAAGAAGUGGCUAAGCUGUGGGGACUCAGAAAAAACAAAACUAAUAUGAAUUAUGACAAGCUGAGCCGAGCGCUCAGAUACUAUUAUGACAAGAACAUCAUCAAGAAAGUGAUCGGACAAAAAUUUGUGUACAAGUUUGUCUCCUUUCCUGAGAUUUUAAAAAUGGAUCCACAUGCUGUGGAAAUCAGCAGAGAGAGCCUUUUGCUGCAGGACAGCGACUGUAAGAUGCCUUCUGAGAGCAGGGAUCAGCACAAGCACAGCUUGUCAGCACUGAAAAGCGCGAGCCGUAAUGAGUAUAUCCACUCUGGCCUGUAUUCCUCUUUCACUAUCAACUCUCUGCAGAACCAGCCAGACCCUUACAAGCCAAUCAAAACAGAAAAACUGGAGGAGAAGGCAGAAGUAAACACACCAGUGGAAGAAGUUCGGACCGUUAUAAGAUUUGUGACAAACAAAACAGACAAACAAGUUUUGAGGCCCAUGGUGUCGUUGCCUUCCACUUCUGAAACGGCAGCUGCCUCAGCUUUUCUCAGUUCAUCAGUGUCAGCAAAAUUAUCUUCCUUAAUGCUACCCAACAGUGCCAGCAUUUCAUCUCCAUCAUCAUCUUCCUCCCGGUCGCCGUCUCUGUCUCCCACCUCACCCCUCCCUGCAGAACACAGGAGCCUCUUCCUUGAGUCCAGUUGCCAUGACUCAGAUUCCCUUGAGCCUCUGAACCUCUCCUCAGGCUCCAAGGCAAAAUCUCCAUCUCUCCCCCCAAAGGCUAAAAAACCCAAAGGUUUGGAAAUCUCUGCCCCACCUAUGGUUCUCUCCAGCACCGACAUUGGUUCCAUCGCCCUCAACAGCCCCGCACUUCCUUCAGGAUCCCUGACUCCAGCUUUCUUCACUGCACAGACCCCAAGUGGAUUGUUGCUGACCCCGAGCCCACUGUUGUCUAGCAUUCAUUUCUGGAGCAGCCUCAGUCCUGUUGCUCCUCUGAGUCCUGCCAGGCUGCAGGGACCAAACACUCUGUUUCAGUUUCCAACUUUGCUCAACGGUCACAUACCAGUGCCACUCCCCAGCCUGGAUGGAGCCUCCUCUCCUGUGCUGCUUUCUCCCAACGCUCAGAAAUCCUGAUGACGCCUCAUCAAGCUAAGGACUUACUGGUGGAUUUAACACUUCAUUCCUAUGGGUUAGUUUUUCCUGUGUCAUGAGAAGGACAUUGUGAAACCCUCUAUUACUUUGGUUUGCACUUUUCAUUACAUGGAUAGUCUACUUUUAUUAUGUUAGCAUUUUUAAACAGUGUUUAUAUAUGAAAGUAUAUAUAAAUCUGUUUUGCAUUAAAUGAAUUAUAAUUUUUUUAUAUCAUAACUCUCAAGUGUUGAACACUUCUGUUGUUGGUGAAGUACUUUUCUUAAUGGAUUGCAACAACGUAUCUAAUAAGGAUGUGAAGCUUCUUUUUAAUCCCUUUUUCUGCAUAUUAUGCAUUGUGCUUGAGUAAACUAUAACCGGCUGUGCCUUCUUUUGCAUAAUGUCAUGUAAAUGAUUUAUAUAUUUUCUAGUAUUAAAAUGAAAAGUUGAAAGACAAAACUAGUAUUGAACAGCCCUAUGGUAGUAUUCCAGUAUUUUCUCCACGGAUAGGCCAUAUGAUGCAGUGUAUUCAUGUAACUUUGUAUUAAGUGCUUUCAAAUUGUAUAAAAAUAAUAGCCUUAUAAUUUUUCUUUGCUGAAGUGAAAAAACGUAAUCAAUGUUACAGUCAGGAGAUGCAUUUAGGAGAAACAAAGCCACAUUUAUGCCCAAAUUCUACUGUGGACUUGCAAGAGGGAGGAACUGGGCCAUGUGUAUUCAUUCGUGAGACAUUUCCAGCCCAUGAGAAUACUUCCGUAGAAAUGGAGACAUCGCUGAGAA